AUGUUUACAAAUGCCCAGGCCCAAAUGCGAUUUGGCACAUUGAGGGCUACGAUAAACUCACUCCAUUUGGAUUUGGUAUCAGUGGCUGCAUUGACGGCUAUACUCGGAGAAGUGUCAUCAACUAACCAUGAUCCAUCCUUGCUUGCUGGAUAUUACAGGGCUUGUGUAGAGCAACUUAGUGGCUGCCCUCGAAUGGUUUGGGCUGACUGUGGCAUGGAAAAUGGAAUCUUAGCAGCACUUCAUCAAGUGUUUCAUAACGAUGCAAACAAUCAGCAAAUGUACAGACAUCGAUAUGUGGCAUCAACCUCGAAUCAGAGGAUUGAAGCAUGGUUGUCUAAUUUUAGAAAGUCUUGCAGUGAAUGGUGGAUUGGGUUGUUUAAAGAUUUGACAGCAUCAGGUGCAUUUUCGCCAGGAAACCUAAUCCAAACCUACUGCAUUCGGUAUUGCUUCAUGGACAUUUUGCAGAAAGAACUAGAUUUUGUUGCUACUGCAUGGAACGAACAUUUAAUAAGAGGGAGGACCAUGUCUGAAUGUCCAAGUGGAAUCCCUGAUGAGCUCUUUUUCCUCUCAGAAAACUAA